AAGGUUGUGAGGUUUGCUUGCUGCAUAUGAAAAUGUUGUCUUAGAAAACUGGUAAAAAAAAAAAAAAAACAAUGGAAAGGGUCCCAUUCUGCUCUGUUUUGGAACAUUUUCCUUCUGAUAAAGAAAAGGGAAGAAAAAACGUUCAUGUGUGCAGCACCCAAGAAAGCUCUCAGAUUCUCCAUUAAAUAUUCCCAGCAACACUUCCUCUUCUACUUCUACUUCCUCGCUCUGCUUCCUUCUCCUCCUCCUCUCACCCGCCUCCCCUUUUCUGUCUUUCCCGUCUUCUUCCCUUCUCCCCCGCCAGAGGCUGAAGGCAAGAAGAGAGUAGAAAUCACUCUCGGCCUCACUCAGUGAGCUUACUCUUCCCCACUAAUGGAGGGUUGGAUUUAAUGGGCAGUUCUUGCUCUUCCCUUCAACAUUCUUGGGAAGGGUGACUGUGUUUUUCUUGCUGGGGGCCUGGUACCAUUCAUUGUUUUCCCCGAAAAUGGAGGGCUUGCGCCGGUGGCACCUGGCGGCGGUGCUGGUGCUAUCAGCUUGGAUGCUCAUGGCGGGUGCUUGGUGUCAGGAGGAAGUCACUGCGGUGUACAUAGUUACCCUGAGACAAGCUCCUGCUGCUCAUGUCUACUACGAUGAACUUAGGAAGGGCAGGAAUGUCUUUCGCAAGGGAAGCUCUUCUGGGAGAUUAACAAGAAUGCACAAACCCAGGAAUGGUUCGCAGUCCCAUGGGAGCUCUGGUUCUUAUGUUGCCCGUGUUCAUGAUUCGCUGCUGAGGACAACAUUGCGAGGAGAGAAAUAUCUGAAACUUUACAGCUACCACUACCUAGUUAGUGGAUUUGCCGUUCUCGUCACCCCCCAGCAGGCAAACAAGCUCUCAAGGAGGAGAGAAGUGGCAAACGUGGUUUUGGACUUCUCAGUUAGAACUGCCACCACACACACUCCUCAGUUUCUUGGUCUACCCGGUGGUGCGUGGGUAAAAGAGGGUGGGUAUGAAUCUGCUGGUGAAGGAGUAGUCAUCGGAUUCGUGGAUACAGGCAUUGAUCCUACACACCCAAGCUUUUCUGAUUGUAUAUCAGACCAUCCAUAUCCGGUCCCGGCUCAUUACUCGGGCGUCUGUGAGGUUACUCCUGAUUUUCCAUCAGGAUCCUGCAACAGAAAGCUUGUUGGUGCCCGCCACUUUGCUGCAUCUGCUAUCACCAGGGGAAUAUUCAAUUCAUCUCAGGAUUACGCCUCACCAUUCGAUGGUGAUGGUCAUGGGACGCACACAGCUUCUGUUGCUGCGGGAAACCAUGGGAUCCGAGUCAUAGUUGCUGGCCAUCACUUUGGAAAUGCAAGUGGAAUGGCUCCUCGUGCUCACAUUGCUGUCUAUAAGGCACUGUAUAAGAGCUUUGGAGGUUUCGCUGCAGACGUUGUUGCCGCCAUAGACCAGGCAGCUCAAGAUGGGGUUGAUAUAAUAAGCCUAUCGAUAACUCCAAACAGGCGUCCUCCUGGAAUUGCGACAUUUUUCAAUCCCAUAGACAUGGCUCUGCUAGCAGCCGUAAAAGCUGGCAUCUUCGUAGUUCAGGCAGCUGGCAAUACUGGGCCGUCACCUAAAAGCAUUGCCUCCUUCAGCCCGUGGAUCUUCAGUGUCGGUGCUGCCACGCACGACAGGGCUUACAGUAACUCUAUCGUUCUUGGGAACAACGUGACCAUUGCCGGAGUCGGUCUCGCGCCGGGCACCGGCAAAGACACAAUGUACCCUUUAAUUUCCGCACUCGAUGCUCUGAACAACGACACAACUGUCACGAGUGACAUGUAUGUAGGAGAAUGCCAAGAUUCUAGUAGCUUCACUAAGGAACUAGUUCGGGGGAACCUUUUGAUCUGCAGCUAUUCCAUUCGAUUUGUGCUGGGGCUCUCCACAGUCAAACAAGCCUUGCAAACAGCUCACAACCUCAGUGCUGCUGGUAUUGUGUUCUACAUGGACCCAUUUGUGAUUGGGUUUCAGCUCAACCCGAUCCCAAUGAGAAUUCCUGGCAUCAUUAUUCCAUCACCUGAUGAUUCCAAGAUCCUUCUUCGGUAUUACAAUGCUUCUGUUGAGAGAGAGGGACAAGCGAAAAGGGUUGUUAAAUUUGGGGCAACUGCGCUCAUCACUGGUGGGCUAAAAGCCAACUACAGCGUGUCUGCCCCGAAAGUCAUGUACUACUCUGCAAGAGGGCCGGACCCAGAAGACAGCUUUCUUGCUGACGCAGACAUAUUGAAGCCCAAUCUUGUGGCCCCCGGGAACUCCAUAUGGGCUGCUUGGAGCUCCCUAGGGACUGAUUCAGUGGAAUUCUUAGGUGAGCACUUUGCAAUGAUGUCUGGGACGAGUAUGGCAGCUCCACACGUUGCUGGGCUGGCAGCACUCAUCAAGCAAAAGUUUCCAAGUUUCAGUCCAGCGGCCAUUGCAUCUGCACUUUCUACUACAGCUUGUGUUUAUGAUAGGACUGGUGGUCCCAUAAUGGCCCAACGGGCUUACACAAACCCGGAUAUAAACCAGUCCCCUGCUACACCUUUUGACAUGGGCAGCGGUUUUGUGAAUGCUACUGCAGCAUUGGACCCGGGACUAAUCUUCGAUUCCAGUUACGAUGAUUAUAUGCUGUUCCUCUGCGGAAUCAACGGGUCAGCCCCUGUCGUUCUCAACUACACGGGCCAGAACUGCUGGGCUUAUACUAACACGACAAGCGAACCUGACCUCAACUUACCCUCCAUCACAAUUGCGAAGCUAAAUGUAUCAAGGACUGUACAACGCACUGUCGCUAACAUUGCUGACAAUGAGACUUACACCGUAGGCUGGAGCGCUCCUUAUGGAGUGUCCCUUAAGGUCUUCCCAACCCAUUUCGAUAUAUCUGCUGGGCAGAAACAGGUACUAACUGUAGCAUUGAACGCAACUUUGAAUAGCUCUGCUGCAAGCUUCGGGAGGAUUGGAUUGUUCGGGAACCGGGGCCAUGUUGUCAGCAUUCCUGUAUCAGUUAUCGUCAAGUUCUCCCCGUCGAACUCCACAAACAUCUGAGGAUUAGAAUUCUGCUCUCUCGCUCGCUGUUGUUGUCAUUACAAGUUUGUAAUUUUGUCAUGCCUUUUUUUUUUUCCCCUCUUCUUUUCUUUUUGGGCUCUAAUUUGUUUAUUCUUGAGACAUGUAAUAUGUAUUAUCUGCACCUUCGUUAACUGUAAUGUAACAUUGUAGAUAUCAUUGAUCAUUUCCCGGAAGCGGCAUGUUUCACUUCGCUAAA